CCUCCCCAAACCCCUUCCCGGAGAGAAGGGUCUACAAACCUCCCAAAACCUCGUUCUUGUGACAGUGAAAAAGGGCAGAUCUUUGCCCAGCCAUGAUUGAAAGUCGAUUAAUUGUGCUACUGAGGAAAUCCAAAUCUCUAUCCCAAAAACUUCUGUCGCCGACGACGAGGGAAUGGAAAACGUCAUUUUCCUCACCUGGUGUCUUCGCAUGUGAGUCCCAAGCUAGAUUUUACUCUUCAUUUCCGAGACCUUGUCCUGCUACCAAAACCUCGGUCGUACAAAGCUGCUUUGGCAGUGGAUUAAGGUCGUUGCUUCAGAAUAAUUGUAAGAGCAUUCAUAAAUCAUCAUUAAGGAAUUUCACCACAGUGGCCUCUUUACCUGGAAAAAGUAUACAAGGAGUGAAACUUCUUGUCACGUCUGGACCUCAUGCUCAGAAAGCAGUUGGUAUUUGGCUUUUUGUGUCAGCUGCUUGGGUCUUUAGUAUGGUGGUACUUGGUGGUGUCACUCGGCUGACCAGAUCUGGCCUAUCAAUGACUGACUGGAAAUUCACAGGCGGUCUUCCUCCUCUCUCGGAUGAUGAAUGGUUGAUUGAAUUCGAAAAAUACAAGCAGUCUCCCGAGUACAAGCGAAUAAAUAAAGGGAUGAAUCUUGACGAUUUUAAGUUCAUCUACUGGAUGGAGUAUGCCCACCGUAUGUGGGGAAGGGCACUGGGUAUAAUGUUCGCAUUGCCCUUCUCAUAUUUCCUUAGGAAAGGUUACAUUACCCUCCAAUUAGGACUCAGGCUUUCUGGCUUGUUUGCUCUUGGCGCCGGUCAAGGACUAAUCGGCUGGUGGAUGGUCAAGAGUGGAUUAGAGGAACCCGUGUCUGAGUAUGCUGAACCAAGGGUAAGCCCUUACCGGCUUGCAGCUCAUUUGACCUCAGCAUUCAUUAUUUAUUCUGGGCUUUUUUGGACGGCUCUUUCUGUUGUUAUGCCUGAACCUCCUGCUGAGUCCUUAACCUGGGUUCAAGGGGCAGCAAAAGUCAAGCGUAUUGUGCUCCCUGUGAGUAUUCUUGUUGGGAUCACCGCCAUUUCAGGAGCAUUUGUUGCUGGAAAUGAUGCCGGCCGUGCAUUUAAUACUUUCCCCAAGAUGGGUGAUGUUUGGAUACCAGAUGACUUAUUUAACAUGAAGCCUCUAAUACGGAACUUCUUUGAAAAUACAGCAACUGUGCAGCUCGACCAUAGAAUACUUGCGACUGCAACCUUAUUUUCAAUUGGUGGCUUGUGGUGGUCAACAAGAAAACUCGAUAUACAUCCUGCAAUACGGUCUUUAAUAGGAAGCACUAUGGGCAUGGCUGUUCUUCAGGUGACCUUAGGGAUAUCAACUCUGCUAUCUUAUGUACCGGUGUCACUUGGCUCUGCUCAUCAGGCUGGCGCCCUAACUCUUCUAACCCUAAUGAUUCUUCUGAACCACACUUUGAGACGACCUUCUUUACACCUUCUGAAAACACUUCCUUCUAUAGCAAAAUCUGCAUGACAGAGAUUGAGACGGUGUGGCACGCAUCUUCGGGACUAUUCUACUAUGCCUUUCCCGCGUAUGGGUAGUAUUUAUUCAAGUGCAAACCUUCUGGUUUUGUAUAUGCACUUUUUAUCGUAAUAUACUCUUUUAUUUUUUCAUCGCUAUAAAAAGUAUUGUGCCCCUAUGGUUUUACGUUCCCAUGCCCGCCCCUAUUUAUAUUAUAUUUGAGGCUUUUUUGUCAUUCUGUUGCUUGUGCUAGCAUAAUCUCGCUUUGGAGAUGUGUUCGAAAAUUCAUCCACUAAACUGUAAUCAGCCUACAAUCAAGUGUUAGACGAGAAGGGGUAGCUCAGUU